AUGUUCUACUACCCAAACGUGCUUCGGCGCCACAGUGGUUGCUUUGCCACUAUCUGGCUGGCAGCGACAGGUGGUACAAGGCUAGUGAGACGCGAGUACCUGAAGGUGGAUGUGGUGGAGACAUGUGAGAAGAUCCUGCAGUAUAUUCUGGUGCAAGUACCGCCACCUCUGCCGGGUGUCCCCAGGCCCCGCUUCUCCCUUUAUCUCUCCGCCCAGCUCCAGUUCGGUGUUAUCCGUGUCUAUUUCCGCCAGUGCCAGUACCUUGUGGAGGAUAUCCAACAUAUCCUAGAGCGCCUACACCGAGCCCAACAGCAGAUCCGUAUUGACAUGGUGGAACCAGAUGUAUCUGGUCUCCUACUGCCUGACCCCCUGACCACAAUGGAGGCCUUGGAAGAGGCCCCUGACCCCUUCUUUGGAGUGAUGGCCAUUGACCCUACCCUUCCAAGUCCCCUGAGUAUCCCACAGGUUCGGCACCUCUUGGAAGCCCCAACCCCUGAGAGGAUUCCUGUCUACCCUCCACCCAGGAAGCCAGGUGAGCAGUUUCCUGAAAAACCCCCUGUCACUGUCCCGACUCCUGAAAUCAUCACCCUUCAGGAGGCAGAGCCAAUCCAGGUGCUGCACAUCGAGGGUGAGAUGGACCUACCAGAAAUCUCCAAUCAUGACCUAGACCUGCUGAUGGCUGCGGAAGAGGAAGCUAUUUUGGCUGAGGAAAAGGGUAAAAUCCCCCCACCCCUGGAGCACCUCAUAGUGUCAGUGGAAAUUCCCCGGGUCCCUGAGCUGGAAAUCACCCCUAGGCUAUCCCCCCCACCUCCGGCACGGAUCCGGGAGCUGGCAGAGCCCAUCUUAGAGAAGGAACUAGUUCCUGAAGAGCUUGGGUUACUGGUCCCAGAAGCUGUUCCUCCACCCCCAGAAGAGAUCCCAACUGCAGAGCUACUUUUGCCCCGGAUGCCCAGCCCUUUGGAGCCACCUGUUCAGGUCCCCAGCAGCCCUGAAUUGAUUCUCCCUGAGUUGUUCCCACCACCUCAGCCUCCACCCUCCCGCCGCCGGCUCCGGUUGUAUGAUGAAGAGACCCAGAUUACUGGAGAGGAAUUCCAAAGGCAAAUUAUACAAACCCAGGCCCACACCCGGGAAUGUCCAAUGGUCCAGCCUUCCAGUCUGAUGAAGAGCCCUACAGAGCUGCUGAGAACCCCAGCUUAUGCAGGAUGGCUACACCUAGAGCUACUAGGUCUCUGGACUCGCUGUGCCCGGGUCCCCCCAAAGGAGCUCCCAUAUCUGCGACCCCCAGAGCCUAUCAGUGAAAUAGAGACUCUUCGAGAUACCCGAGAGCCCAGUGGUCCUGUACUACUGACUUCAGAACUCUCCCUGGAGACUACUGAGGAAGAGAGGUCCCGCCUCAGUUUCAUUCCCCCUGAGGAGAGGUGGGUCUUAGGUGAGGCGGAGGUGGAGGUGCCCGUGCUGCCUGCGGUCCCUGAGCUACCAGAGCUUCCUGAACUCCCCUUGAAGCUGGCCCCAGAUCUAAAACUCCUCUCCCCAGAGGCUGUGCAAAGAGCUAUUAUGUUGGAGAUACAGGCUUCAGGAGAAACUGAUUUCAACAACCUGAUUCCUCCCUUUGCCUCCCGUCUGGUGGUUGCUCGGGUCUUCUACUCGCUCCUGGUGCUAUCAAUGCAGCAGGUUCUGUAUGUGGAACAAGAGGAGCCCUAUGGCAGCCUUCGCAUCCGGCUGGGGCCUCGGUACCACCACCAUUAG